UUCAUCCUACUCCCACAGGAAGCUGCAUGCUCCUCAAUACAGAGAAUCAGAUGAGGAUGGAUGAGAGGUCUCGGAGCUCUUCCAGGGAGUCUCGUAAGAGAAACAGAGAGCCCCUGGCUACACGGAAGAAACGAGAGAAGAGGGAGAGCAGCAGAGAAGCCAACAAAGAAACAGGAGAUGUAGAACAGGAGAAAAAAAAGGAGAUCAAGAGCAUUGCAGGGACUGAUGGUCGGGUGCACACAUCCACGGUGGUGGAUGUGGAUGAUGUGAUAUCUGAUGAAGAAAUGGAGGCAAUGAUGUUGCUGGACAGCGAGCGUCAUGAAGAAGGUAUAAAGUCACCAGGUCUCGGCAUCUGCGAGUGGCUGCUGACUAUCUUGUCUUUCCUGUUCAUCGUAAUGACCUUCCCCAUUUCUGUCUGGUUCUGCAUGAAGGUAGUGCGGGAGUACGAGAGAGCCAUCGUUUUCCGCCUUGGGCGUCUCCUUCCUGGCAGAGCCAGAGGACCUGGCCUUUUCUUUUUUCUUCCCUGCCUGGACACAUAUCACAAGGUGGACCUCCGCCUCAAAACCCUAGAGAUCCCCUUCCACCAGGUGGUGACUAAAGACAUGGUUACCUUGGAGAUAGAUGCUGUCUGCUACUACCGUUUGGAGAAUGCCUCUCUUCUCCUCACCACCCUGACCGGCGUCUCCAGUGCCAUCCAGCUGCUGGUACAGACCACCACGAAGCGCCUCCUGGCACAUCGAGCCUUCUCUGAACUUCUCUUGGAGAGAAAGAGCAUCAGCCAGGAGAUAAAGGUGGCUUUGGAUGCGGUCACAGGCCUCUGGGGCAUCAAAGUGGAGAGAACAGAAAUCAACAACGUGCAGCUGCCUGCUGAAGUCCGGCAGUCCCUGGCGGUGGAAGCAGAGGCCCAGAGGCAGGCCAAAGUGCGGGUGAUUGCUGCUGAGGGGGAAAAGGCUGCUUCUGAGUCCCUGCGCAUGGCAGCUGAGAUCCUAUCGAGUGCCCCUGCUGCUGCUCAGCUCCGUUACCUUCAUGCCCUGCACUCCCUUGCUGCAGAGAAGCCUGCUGCCUUCAUCUUGCCCCUGCCUUUGGACCCCAUGAAUCUGAUCUCUCCAGCUACCCACAGCUCUCCGGGAGCGAGCAGCCUCACCACAGACACCACAAAACUCCCAGAAGGUGUGAAAGACAAGAAGGACUCCCCCAUGCUCUAGGAGUUGUCCCAGAAAAGGCUGCCACAGCCUGUGGUCAAUCGUUCUCAGAGAGGAGCAACAAAGCUGAUCUACGGGCAGCCUACCAGCAGGUACUGGCCUGGAGGCAGGAGGGGAGGCAGCCAGGCCUGUAAUAUAAAGUAGAUUGUACGUGGAA